UCUAUCAAUCUACAAUAAUGGCAUCAUGUUUGUUUGACUGUCUUUGUGAGGUAGAACUUGGAAAAUAUUACCCUCAUUUUGCUGCCUUUGGCCUUCAGAAAAUAGAUGAAUUAGCUAAAGUCACAAUGAAAGACUACUCCAAAUUGGGAAUCCACAAUAUGAAUGACCGUAAGCGCCUCUUCCAGCUCAUUAAAAUCAUUCAAAUUAUGCAGGAAGAAGAUAAAAUCACUAACACCCAGCAAGAUAUUCCAACAAGUAACCUCCGUGUCUCUCCUCAAGGGGCCAGAUCAGGACCUCGAAGGCAACUGUGCUUUGAUGCUUUUGUUGACAAAAAAGACCAAACUGCUGAGGAUUUUGCAUUUGACACAUGUAGUCUCUCAGACUUCUAUUCAGCUGAAGACAUUUUGCCAGGUGAUACUCAGUAUAAUAAAAAAACAAGAACUCCUGGGGCUGCAGGUGCUGAUAUGGGUGUGCAAACAGAAACAAACAGUACAACUUUGUUUUCAUCAAAUAACAUUUCUUCACUAUUAGGGGAUAUUGAAGUCCCUACCAUACAAAGAGUCACUCACAUGUCUGGAUAUAAUUAUGGAGUCCCCCAUUCUUAUGUCAGAGAGAAUAUCUCAGAGAAGGAUAAUGUUUGGACAGAAACUGAGAAAAUUAGAGUAUGUGUACGGAAACGCCCUCUAGCUUUGAGGGAAGAACGGCGUGGAGAAAUUAAUAUUAUUACUGUAGAAGAUAAAGAAACUUUACUUGUCUAUGAAAAGAAAGAGGCAGUUGACCUUACCCAGUAUAUUCUACAGCAUGUUUUUUAUUUUGAUGAAGUCUUUGGUGAGACAUGCACCAAUCAAGAUGUUUAUAUGAAGACCACUCACCCACUCAUUCAGCAUAUUUUUAAAGGAGGAAAUGCCACUUGCUUUGCAUAUGGACAGACAGGGGCUGGAAAGACUUAUACCAUGAUAGGAACUCAUCAAAACCCAGGACUCUAUGCUCUUGCUGCUGACGACAUCUUUAAGCAAAUAGACCAAGCCCAGCCAAAGAGAGACCUCUCUGUGUGGAUUAGUUUUUAUGAGAUCUACUGUGGACAACUUUAUGAUCUUCUAAAUGGAAGGAAAAGACUUUUUGCAAGAGAAGAUAGUAAACAUGUUGUACAGAUAGUGGGACUCCAAGAACUUCCAGUGGAUAGUGUGGAUCUACUUUUAGAGGUUAUUUUGAAGGGUGGCAAGGAACGUAGCACUGGUGCUACUGGAGUCAAUUCAGAUUCUUCCCGUUCCCAUGCUAUUAUCCAAAUUCAGAUAAAAGAUUCAGCCAAGAGAACCUUUGGAAGGAUAUCUUUCAUUGAUUUGGCUGGAAGUGAGAGAGCAGCUGAUGCCAGAGAUUCAGAUAAACAAACAAAAAUUGAAGGUGCAGAAAUAAACCAGAGUCUUCUAGCUCUAAAAGAAUGCAUCCGUGCAUUGGACCAGGAGCAUGCUCAUACUCCCUUCAGACAAAGCAAAUUGACUCAGGUACUGAAGGAUUCUUUUAUUGGUAAUUCCAAAACCUGCAUGAUUGCCAAUGUAUCACCAAGCCACGUGGCUACAGAGCAUACCUUGAACACAUUACGUUAUGCUGACAGGGUGAAAGAACUGAAAAAAGGAAUUAAAUGCUGUACCCCAGUUACCAAUCGAAAUCGGUCAUCUGGACAUAUGUCUCCAAAACGGAUUCAGUGUUCACCUUCAGUGCUGGUAGCAGACAAGUGCUCUCCCAAAAAAGUGAAGUUAGGAUUUCAGCAACCUCUCACUUCGGCCUUCAGCAGUACUCGAGCAAAGUGCUGUCCUUUAACCUUUCAUUCAGCCAGUGUCCCUUUUUCUUCUACCCCCAAAGGCAUGGGCAGAGGGAAUGGCUCCAAAGGAAACUUUAAUCAUGUAUGUGUCACCCCCAGUACUCCUCUUAAAGAAUCUACAAAGGCAGGGUCUCCCACAAAGAAGAAGACAGAAGAUUCUACAUUGGGUUUUGAGAAGCUCUGUCCUAGCGGGGGCCUUGGGGGCACCUGUGUGCCAGGCAAGUGCAAAAAAACACGAUUAGUGCAACCAGUGCAAAAGCAACUUGUGUCCCGAGGUGAAUUCUCUUUUGGUGAGCCCCACCAUGGGGGGCAAUGUAGUCAGACCUGUGAGAAGGUACUCCCCAAACGCUGCUCUGAAGCUUGGACUACUAUACCUCCUCAUCAGAAAGACAGGGAAGCACAUUUGCGGUUUUACCACCAGCAGUUUCAGCAACCACCUCUUCUUCAACAGAAGUUAAACUACCAGCCACUGGAACAGUUUUUAUGCCAGUACAACUCCCAAGAUAUUAAAGUCCAACAAGAUACAUCUCCUUUACUUCCUUCUUACUCUCAAAACCAAGAUAUCACACAGCUGGAAGACCUAGAUGACAGUGAUUUCAGUGAAGAUUCUUUUUCACCCAUUUCUAACCAAAGGACAGCCAAGAGAAGAAACACUCAGAAUUGUAGUGAACAUUCAUUUUUCCUUCAUCAGAGAGAAGAACAAGGAACUGAGGAUCAGAAAGCUGAAAAUGAACAGAGUUUGUUUUUUAACUGCACAAUAAAUACUCAGGAGAAUGAUCUGAAUGAAAAUUGGGUUUUUACCAAUAAUCCAGCCAGUUUAGAUACAGCAGAAGUAAAUAAAAGGCACCACAACAAUAAGAUUCUUUCUGAUUGGAGCAUAGAAGAUGACUCUACUUCUUCAGACUCCUCUCCAAGUGACAACAUGGCAGAACAACCUUACUGCUCACAAGUUGAUUUUAUUCCUAAUAGGAGAAGUAAUCGAGCAUUUGACCAUACACAUAUCCCUUUCAAAGAUGAGCCUCGGCUCCAAGCUGAUGGCACUUCAUCACCACCAGAAAAGGACACAUCCACAUUCUCAGUGUUAAACCUUGCAGAUUAUGAGUCUCCAUAUCAAAGAAAUUCAGUCAUCUUAGCACAGGAAGAAAGCAGCAAUAGCAGCCAAACUCAGUUAACAAAACCCAUCAAAAAAAGUAACUUGCCUGCUGAAGGAGACUUUUGUGAAAGAUCAGGAGCAUCAGCAGAAUCAGCUUCCUCAUCAGUGGCCCCUCUUACCAUGUCUCUUCUUGAGAGCACAGACAGAGAAACUUCUAAUAAACCCCUUCUUAAUCAGAUGCCAAAAUCUCAUCAGAGAAGAAAAUGGGUACUGGAAUUGAGUACACCAAAUCCUGACAAGGAGAUCAAAACUCCCAAUACAACCAAAGAUCUCACAGCAGAAAAUACCAGUACGCUAUUGGGUCUGGACAAACCAAUAUUGGCUUCUGAUAGCAAGGCAGCUCUGCUGCUGUCUCUCCACUCAGAGGACCAGUGGUAUUUGUCAGCCUGUGCUGCUACUGAGCCUGCUGGUGAUCUCUCAAAUCUGUCUUUGGCAGGGCUCUAUCAGGGCUCAGUUAAUGAUCUGUCGAUAAGUGAAGCCAGUGUAGAAGAGCUCUUGGAGAACAAAAUGGGAACAAUGGCCUUCAGAAACAUAAAGUGUCAAGACUAUGUAAACAGCAAGCAUUAUGAUGCAGAUACAGAAGAAACCAAGCUGAGCUGGGAUUUGAGCUCCCCAGAAAAGCCCGACCCUAACAAGGGAAGUCCAGGAGCCAUUGGGGAGUCAGUUUCUCCCAUGGUUCCUGCAGAUAUGCCUGAAAAAGGGUUUUCAAGCACCCCAGAGGCUCUUACCAAAACCAGAAGCAUUUGUUCUUCUGCCCAGGUCUUAGACCAACAGAACAAGCUCCAGAAAUCUGAAAACCCAGUCAAAUUGUCUUUUAGUACUGAGGAAAUUAGGCAGCUAAAACAUAGACUGAUGCAGAGCAUCUUUACCCAGACAGGCCUUCUUGGGGGACAUGAUAAUCACAAGAAUUCUUUGGCAAAUCACACUUCAGAAAACCAAUCUACCCUUGGUAGUCAAAGCAACACAUUCCAGAUUGUGAAAGAGAGGCAUGAGGAAACCCUGAAACAAGCACAACAGGUUGUCAUUCAAGCCCACCAGGAACAGCUGGACAAAAUGGCAGAAUUGGAUUUCAAGGAGGAGAGUUUGAUCAAUCAGAUGUCAGCAGCUGAUUUUGAAGACUUUGUGACCCAGCUGGAUGAAAUCAUGGUCCUGAAAUCCAAGUGUAUCCAGAGCCUCCGAAGCCAACUGCAGUUCUACCUUGCUUGUUGCGGGCCUGAAGCUUCCCUAGAGAAAACGUCAGCCUCUUAGACUCGAGGGUCCUUUGGAGAGGUGGAGAGGGCUUUGGGGGUGGGGAAGGAAUACCCCCGCAUGCCUUGACCAUGCCAACAACUUAUUUCUAUUCUGCUUCCUUUAUGACUAGUACACAAUUGAGUUAAGGGAAGACAGGGUAGAGUAUACCCGUGUAGAAGAGGUGUCGGCUCUGUGGAGUAGCACCCUGCAUCUCUGGCAAAUGAAUCCUCAUGCCCAAUGAUCCUAGCCUUCAUGUGGACAUGCCAUGUGGCAGUGAUCUUUAAGAUAAUGCGACGGCUUUUUUUGUAGGACACAAAAUGUCUGUCGCUAAGUGAACAGUCCCAUCCAAGAUGAAGAAGAUACUAGAUGGAGAUGCUGGAAGGUUGCUGCAUAUGAGUGAACAGGACAACCAAAAGAGUUGGACACAGAGCAUUUAGGGAAAAGAACUUUGUUAUGAGUUGCUUGGUCAGCUGCACACUUCUUUUAGGAGAACAGAAUUUGGUUCCAGGGUCUGAUAAUUAGCAAAAGCAUAAGUGAUAUAAAUUGUCUAGAAUCUUCUGAGAAGCUUGGACUCUCAAGUGAAGGAGGAAGGUAUACCAUUAGUUGAUGGUCCCUUUAUUCCUUGGAGGUUUUGGCAAAAUUGAAGAGUUCUCAGUCUAAGUCCAGAUCCUCCUGAAUUCCAGGGAUUAUAGAGACUAAGAUUGAUUUGAGUUUUUAAGUUGACUGUUUAGUGAGAUCACAUUAAAUUUGAUUUGUAUUUAAUAAAAGAGGUCUGAUUUCCACA